ACGGCUUCCGGGCCCGCUCCGCCUUAUGUCCAUCCCCUACCAUUACCCUCGCCACCGCGUGUCGCGUCUGCAAGAGACGAACAAACCCAUUGGAUCACCACGACCACGAGAAGCACGUGUCUCCUUUGGCUGCAUAACAUUUACUUAGACAUCAUCGUCACAUCCAGUAACGUUGACGACAUCUGAUACUGGCGAUAAACUUUUCUAGGGCUCCAAAUCCAUAUCCAGACAAGCUGCUAUUUUGUUUUCGUUUUCUAGGGGUUUCGUUCCGACUAAUUGCGUGGAGGAUCCCGGGACUGUUCUCUGGCUAUUGUUUAGCUUUGCGAAGCUCCAAUGGAGGUCGAUUUCUCUUAUCCAAAGUCCACCGAUGAAACUCGGACAGAGCGGUCGGGGAACGAUUGUCAUCGGGUGAAGAGGGAGACGUUGGAGGCGGCGCUCGAGCAGUGUCGGAGAGCCCUCGAAUUAUUCAACACGACUAGCGGUGUUGACGAAGAUGAAAAUGAUUCAGGGGCUGAGGUUGAAUCGACAGGGUGGUACGAGGAUGGGUGCCUUGAAGUUUCACCCUCUGCGAGAGACGAUCGAGACGCCGACGAGUUACGUGACCUGCUCAAAUCUGGGUUUGAAUGCCCUACUUUUCUUGAAAAACUGCAGCGUGCCCAGGCAUCAAAUUCACGGAAUACAACUGAAGUAGGUAGUUCUUGGGAUAUGGUCAGUGAGAAUGAUCUAUGGAAAAGUGAAGAUACUGAGUCAGACCAAGAAUGUUAUGUCCUCGUUAGACAAGAAGAUAUAGCGGAGGGAAUGGCUUGCUUCAUGGCUGCAUAUUUACUAUCCCUUGACCAUACUAAGGAUUUGACUCCUAAUCAACUUCAGAAAGUGCUAAGCAAGACAUUUUCGGUGAAGAAGAAGAAGGGAAAGCUUCAAAAGGCCUGGGAUGGAAGCAAAGUUAUCUACAAUGUUGCGUCCUGGGGGGCGACAGCCAUUGGGAUUUAUCAAAACCCUGUUAUAAUUACGGCUGCAACAAAGGCAUUCUGGACUUCUUGUCGUGUUAUCUCCAAGCUUCUCUGAUGUGCCCGUGAAGAGUGGAGGAGAGUUGUAGUGUAGUUAUUUAUUUACCCUUUUCCCUUGUGCCUGUGUCGCUGUUGAGCUUGGUUUUCCACAUGUGAUUUUAAAUUUGUUUACGCGGUUUGCCACGUAAAUCAUUGUAGAUAUCUCCUCAUUCAUCAAAUGUUAGGCAAUUCAAAUUCUCAUUCACAGACAUAACCUUUCCCCAAUUCCAUUGCAUUCCCUGUCAGAUCAAGAUGCGGAAUUUGUUGC